AUGGAAUUUUUCAACUCAAGCUACACAAGCACCAACAGGCAGCUUCUCCAUCCAGUCAAUCAAGAAUUCUCUGAUUUUGAGAAUGAUCAUGGGACUACACAAGAUUUUCCAAGUCUAGAAACACCAAAUUUUAAGAUCAAAUCCUCAAAAUAUCGUGGCGUGCAAAAGAUCAAAGAUAAAGCAACAUACGUGGCUCAUGUUUAUGACAAUGGUUAUUUACCAAAGGAAGGAAGAACAGUUUAUCUUGGUAGAUUUGACAGGGAAGAAAAUGCAGCUAGGGCCCACGAUUUGGUGUCUUUGAAGUUUUGGGGAACUUCUGUACAAACUAAUUUUCAGAUAAGCGAUUAUGUGAAAGCAAUAGAAGCCAUGGAAAAUAUGACCGACCAAGAUGUUGUAGCUGCAGUUCGAAGGUCAAGUAACAGCUUCUCAAGAGGGAAAUCCAAGUAUCGUGGUGUUGUAAAGCAUGCUAAUACUGGGAAAUGGCAAGCUAGGAAGGGACCGGGCAAAGAGAGCUUCUUGGGAACUUUUGAGACUGAAGAAGAAGCAGCCAUAGCUUUCGACAUUGCGAGCAUUAAGCUCAAGGGAAACAAGGCCAUCACAAACUUCGACAUAAAAAGCUACAAUGUCAAGGCCAUCUUGGAAGGAAAAUCAUCAGAACUAGCUGAAGAAGACAUCCAUGAUAUAGAUCAGACUGCAUCAACAAUCGACAAUGGAAAGAGGAGGAAGAAGAGAACCUUGACAUUUCAUAGCAUUCUCGGGAACAAAACAGGAACUGCAGAUCAAUAUUUCUCAUCCGGGAACAUGAUGAACAUGUUAAGAGAAAACUCAUCGCCAUCAUCAUCAUCAACAGCUGCAGCAUCAGCAGAUAAUUGUGCUAAUUUCAUCCCAUUUUGCUCGGAAAUAGACAUGGAAUCCUCCUCGUCAAGAAAAGAAGCUGGGAAGAGUUUAAGCUUGGCAUUGGGUUUUCAACACUCAAGUUCAAGUGCAUUUAAAUCUUAUGGUGGUGAUAAUAACAACAACGAAGCAUCGCCAGUGACAUUCUUCAAACUUUUGGGGUCCAAUGUUUAUCUGCCAUAUGAGAUCAAUCGAGCAAUCUUCAAUGCUGAAAAUGUUGAAGGUACUAGUACUGGUCUCCAGUCUGCCUUUAACCAUGCAAGUUCAAGUUGUUUUAAGCCCUUUAAAAAGCCAUGA